CGCCCGGCCGCUGCAUUGCGCCGCCUGCGCGCCCGGCCGGCCCCUGGGCGCCCUCGGCGCGGCGGAGAGGCUUUUCCCCGGCUGGGCCGGUCAGCGCCCGGGGAGUUGGCCCAGCGGGCGGCCAGCGAUGGGCUCCCGGCUGAGCCGGCAGAGCGCCGCGGAGGCGACGGGCGUCCCCGCCUGCUCUAAGCGGUCCUUCCGAGGCAGGAGCCGCCCGGAGGAGUCGCCCCGGCGCCAGAGCCUCGACUGCCGGCUGGCUUCGCUGCUGCUCGGCUCCGAGAAGCCGCCCGGGGGGCUGCGCAAGAACGGCCCGGCGGCGCCCUACGUGCGGCGGGUGGGGUGGAUCCGCGAGAUCCAGGCCACCCUCCGCGAGCACCAGCGCGAGCAGGCGGUCCAGCUCCUCCGGCUGCUCCGAAAGGACCUUGGCCUGGAGGGGACGUUCCUCAGCGAGGUGCUCUACAAGAAGGCCACCUUCCUCAACCUCGUGGACCCCAUCUCCCACGACCUCCUGAUGAGUCUGGCCAGAGACCUGCAGUGCCCCAAAAAGGAGUACGAUCCGUGGAAAUCCUCCGACCGGAUCUGCCGGCAGCUGAUCUACCACUUGACUCCGCAUUCCAAAUGGCAUCACUCUGGGCUGCCCCGUCGCAAAUCCCACAGGAGUCUGAAGAGUAACCUGCAGAAGCAGCUUGGCCAAGAUGCCGUCAACCUUUCUGGCGUCCCCCUCUCCACACGGGACAUCCAGCAUCUGGCCUGCUACCUGCAGAACAGCGGGGACCACCUUCUCGCCAUAGACUUGAGCUUCACUGACUUGAGCGAUGAGAAGAUGCGCUUCCUGAUGCCUCUUCUGUGGCCGCUGCCCAGCCUCACCCACCUCUCCCUCAACGGGAACCGCUUGACCCGAGCCACCGUGAAAGAGCUCACGGACACUGUGAAGGACGUGGCCAAGUUCCCCUCCUUAGCCUGGAUCGAUCUGGGCAACAACGUGGACGUCUCCUCCAUGCCACAGCCUCUGCUGGUUGGCUUACGGAAGCGCCUCAGCCAGCAGACCACGCUGCCCACCAUUUAUGAGUCCCUGGACUGUGACUCUGAGGCCUCCAGCGGGCCUGAGGCCAGCCUGCUGGAGGAGGAGGAGGAAGGGGAAGGGACUCAGCCAGUGGCUGAGCACAGCUUCUACCAGCAGUCAUGCAAAAGGUGACUGGGCACGGAGGUGCCUCUGGAAGACUGAUGCCACCACUGUGGAGGUUCUGAGGGAAGAGAUGCUGCGCUGGCCAUCCCCCUCCCCCACUCCCUUGAGCCACUUGAGGUCCCUCCUAACUUUUCUGACUUGCCCCCACCGUCUGCCUUCCUCCCAGCCAGGCUUCUCUCCCACGUGCCAAAUCAGGCUGGUCACUUACCACAAGGCUGCACACCUGAGCAGCACAGGGGAAAGGAGGCCCUUCAGAGAUGCAGAGCACAGGUGGCUGCUGCGGCUGUGGCGGGAAGGGAUGGAGCAAGUCUGGCCCCUUCCUUCCCAGCUGUGCCGGGUCUGCAGGUCCCAGGAGCUGUGUGGGAGUGGCACGGAAAACGGAAGGGCUGCUGCGGGGGCCGAGGCGGUGCUCGGAUGGAGGGAUGGCACAGCCCUGCCUCCUCCCCUUCUCUCUGAACCAAGGGUGGCAGACACAAGACCUGCCGGUUCUGCAGCCAGAAGACGUGACCAGAUGGCGCUGUUGGCAUUCGAGGGGAGCUGGAACCGGGCUGCGCAGGUAUUUGUCUCUGCAUUGGAACGGAGAAGCCAGUUUAGAACUUCUGUUUUUCCACUGGAAGUCUGUUUUGUUCGGGCGGCUUCGUGGAGAUACGCCUGCGUUGAAGCGCCUCUGUGCUGUCUGGGAGGAGUGGCAGUCCUGCCUUAAACCCAGGAGGAAACAGUAACCGGGGCAAGCCCUGUUCAGCAGGAAAAUAUUGCCAUGUGUGACCUGUGAAAAUAAGUGGCUUUCCCGGAGAGAGGAUUAGAGCACCGGGCCAGCACCUCACCAGGCAGUUGCUUGGCAGUUUUCUGGGUCGUGGAAGCAUCGUAACAAUAUAACCUGUGCUCUCUAGAAACACCUCUCCUCUAGGAUUUAGGGGGUGAUCCAAACGCAUUUCUCAAUAAUGAGGUUACCCUUGUUUUGAUGCCACUUGGCAUUUUGCUAAAGAAGAAGAAUGUGUACGUUUCUUAAUUGUGCUUUGCUGCUAUGGGAGCUGAACGGUUUUGUUCAUCCAUCCAGACCAGCAUGCUUGUGUUUAAAGACCCUUGCAAGAAAGACCGGUGACGUUCCUUCCCAGUGCACAGGGGUAUGCAAAUACACUGAUGACAUCUGAACCAUGGCUAAAAGGCCAGAGUUACAAACAAUGCUCCUAAGCCAUUAACAAGUGGGUUUGCAGAAUACAUUCAGCCAAGAACAAACUUGCUCUAUUGGGGUUUAAUAUUAAUAUUUUGACACCUCGAAAAACCUUUUAAGACACUACAAGAAGUUUCCCUGGUAACUUGAGCCAAGCAGUGAUGACUUGAAGCACCUACCCUGCUUCUGAGUUGCAGGGUUUCUAGUUCAGUUUCAAAGCCUACCAAUUUAUAUGCUUCAUCGGGUUUCCUUCCAGACACAUGGCCCUUUUUGGAACCCAGUUCCUCUACAGGUACAAACGCAAGAUGCAAAUUUUCCCCAAGAGAGUUCAGUCCUUGAGCAGCUGUUCUUGAACACCUGGGAGGAAAGGCAGCCUACUUUGUAAGGCUUCUUAACCCAAGAUAAGAGUUCUGCCUGUAAGAAUUGCCGGCUUCCCAAGUAAAAGGCUCUCUGGUUGAGAGACCUGCAGUCAGCAGAGGAAUGAUUAUCAGAAUGGAUUCAGUGGGCAGGAUCUCCAGUCACCUUCAGUCUGGGCCAGUCAGACCUACAAUUCUAAAUAUGAUACUCUCCUUUCCCUUACAAUAAAACUCCUAAUUCCUGCCUACAAGGUUUUUGUAACCUCUCCAACCAAGCAAAGCACUUCAUCGUCUACUUAACUCUCCAAACACACCACUGCAUGCUCCAAGAUAGUUAAAUUUUAGAAGCAUACCAUAACACAAGUAUAAAGGAUACUUGCUAGGUAAACAUUGUAAAGUUUUAUUCUACAUUUUGCAAAGAUUAGCAGGAAAAGAAAUUCAAAUUUUAAACAUUUAACUAGCCACUAAUGAGCGAUCUUACACCUUGCCAUGUUUUAGAUUUUAUGGACUUGUGUUUUUAUUUUAUGCAUUACCCAGAGAACUGUGUCUACUGAUAGAUCAAAAGUACAAUAAAUUAUUUUGAAAACCAAA